CUAUGCCGUGCAUUACAAUUUGCAACAAAUUCAAGCUAGACUAGUCAUUUUGGACCAUUAUUAUCUUCUUUUCUAUCACCACCAUCAAUUCCUAUGUCUUUAGCUAUGUUUCUACCAUGCAUUAUUCUUGUACUAAUUUCAUCACUAAAUGUCUUAUAUGCCAUAGACUUAAAAUCAAGCAUCACUGCUGGUUCAAAUUCAACUUGGAAAUCACCUUCUGGCUAUUUCGAAUUCGGAUUCUACCCUCUUCCCAAUGGUCUUUUUCUACCAGGAAUAUGGUUUGCAAAAAUCCCACAAAAAACAUUUGUAUGGUACCAAACUCCCUCAGUUGAAACAAAUUCCUUACUCCAACUCACAUCUGAAGGACACCUUCUGAUAACAUAUCCUAAUGGAACCACUUCUCAUACCAUAGACAACAUUGGAGGAUAUAGUGAAGCUGCAAAUUCUGCUUAUAUGCAAGACGAUGGAAAUUUCGUCUUGAAAGACUCCAACCUAAGAACUGUUUGGGACAGUUUUAAUUCUCCAUCUAACACAAUCUUACCUGGACAAACCUUGAAAAGCAAUCAAAUUCUUUAUUCUAAAGGAAAAGGUGAUUCAAACUACUCAAUGGGAAAUUUCAUGCUUGAAAUGCAGGCUGAUGGUAACUUGAUCCUCAAGGCACACCAAUGGUCAGAUCCUUCAUACUGGUACACUUCAACUUUAGUCUCAAAUUUGAGUUUGGUUUUCAAUGAAACUAGUUCUUUAUUGUAUCUUGCAACUGGAAUUGGAAACAUUAUUUACUCAUUAACAAAAAGUACUCCAACUCCAGUAAAAGAUUACUAUCACCGCGCUACAAUUGAUGAAAAUGGCAAUUUCCAACAAUAUGUGUAUCACAAAAGAAAUGGAACAAAUUGGGAAAGGGUUUGGAGAGCUAUAGAUGAUCCAUGUAGAGUGGAUUAUGUUUGUGGAAUUUAUGGUUUAUGCACUUCUCCUGAUAAUGAAUCAGUGAAUUGUGAGUGUAUUCAAGGUUAUAUUCCAUUGGAUCAAGAAGAUGUGUCUAAAGGGUGUCGUCCGAAAACUGUAAUCAAUUAUUGUAGUGGACCUUCAAUGAUGAAUUUUGAGCUGCGUGUGUUUGAUGACACUGAUUUUCAAUUUUAUCCUGAUUUUGCUCUCAUUAAUGAUGUUGAUUUGGAAAGUUGUAAGAAAUCUGUGAUAGAUGAUUGCAAUAUCAUUGCUGCUACUUAUAAUUCUUCAACUUCAACAUGUGCUAAGAAGAGAAUGCCGUUGCUGAAUGCUAGAAACAGUUCAUCUUCCAAGGGACAAAAAGCACUUCUCAAAGUUCCUUAUAGUAAUAAUGAGUCCAACACAAUUGAAGUUUCAAAGAACAAGAGUUUUAAUGUGAGAGUUUUUUUGAAGGUUAUGGUUGCAAUUAGUGCAACUCUUGCAUGCUUCUUUGGAGCUCUUGCUGCUUAUUAUCAUCCUUUUGUAAAGAGACUAAUAACAAGAAGAAAGAAGUAUCUAAAUGCAACAGCUAUUGGAAUCAACUUUAGAGAAUUCACAUUCCAAGAGCUGCAUGAAGCAACAGAUGGAUUUAGUAGGAUUCUUGGCAGGGGAUCUUCAGGGAAAGUCUAUCACGGUACUUUGAUUAUAGAUGAUACGGAAAUUGGUAUUGCAGUGAAGAAGCUUGAAAAGAAGAUUGAGAAAAGUGAGAAUGAGUUCAUGACUGAGCUCAAAAUUAUAGGUCUUACACAUCACAAAAAUUUGGUGAAACUUUUGGGAUUUUGCAUGGAGGACAACCAUAGACUACUUGUCUAUGAGCUAAUGCCAAACGGAGCGUUGUCAAGUUUAUUGUUUGGAGAAGGAGAGAGACCUCAAUGGAGUCAAAGGGUUGAAAUGGCUCUUGGAAUAGCAAGAGGCUUACUCUACUUGCAUGAAGAGUGUGAAACGCAGAUCAUACAUUGUGAUAUCAAGCCACAAAAUGUGUUACUUGAUGCUAAUCAUAUUGCAAAGAUUGCAGAUUUUGGACUUUCCAAGCUUUUGAACAAAGAUCAAACCAGAACAAGUACAAAUUUUAGAGGGACAAUAGGGUACAUAGCACCUGAAUGGUUAAGGAGUGCACCGAUAACUGCAAAAGUUGAUGUUUUCAGCUAUGGAGUUAUGCUACUUGAGAUCAUUUGUUGUAGGAGGCAUGUUGAGUCAUAUAUAUCAGAAUCAUGAUGAGGAUGAAAGAGGAAGUGAAGAUGAUGAUUUGGUUCUUGUUAAUUUGGUUUUAAGGUGCAUGGUUACUAGGAAACUGGAGAUAGUGGUAAGUCAUGACUUAGAAGUACUCAAUGAUUUCAAGAGGUUUGAGCAAAUGGCUUUGGUUGGAUUAUGGUGUCUUCAUCCAAACCCAACUCUUAGACCUUCAAUGAAGAAAGUGACUCAAAUGCUAGAGGGAACAGUGGAAGUUGGGGUUCCACCUUUGCUUUAUGAUCAGAUGAUGGCAAAUCAGAACUCUUAUAGUUUGUGAAUGUUAUUAUAUUAUAUUGUUCCACCAAAUUUUGUUUCCAUUUUGGAUCAAAUCUUUCUUUAAGCUUCAACUUCAACAUGUAUGUUAAAUGACAUUGAGAAUGAGUUUUUUCCUUUGGCUUU